UCGGAAGAAGAUCCUUACAAAGCGGCCCUAUUUCUUUUUCAACCAGAAAAAAAACAAGUGAAAGAACCCGAAAAGCGACGAUGUACGCCAGGACAAACACCGGCAGCACACACGGAGACUUCCCCGACAGAAACGGAGUGAACUAUGUGACUUCCACGGAGUCUUUCGGACACUGCUCUCAAUUGUUCUGGAAAAAGGAUCCCAACGACUCAGGACCGAGUUCGACCAUCAGCUGGUGCGAUCAGCUCCCCACGUCCUCCGCCGCCCUCUCCAGCUCCAGCCUCUCUUCAGCGUCUCUCUCCAGCUCCAGUCUCUCCAUGGAGUCCCGAGCGCCACCGCCCCCUGCCCCUGCCCCAGCACCGGCUCCCGCACCGGCCACGACGGCGUCAGACGACACGGAGGAGUCGGACGAGCGGCCGUACGUGUGCGACCUGUGCAGCUGCGCCUACAAGCACGCCAGCUCCCUGCUCAACCAUAAACUUACCCACAAGACUGGAGACUUCAGGUGCGACUUUUGUAGCAAGCCCUACACCAACUACAUGUCCCUGCGUAACCACAUGAGAAUCCACGGGCAGAAGCGUUACAUGUGCGACCUUUGUGGGAAGGCCUUCCGACUCGCCCGAUACCUCCGUAACCACCAGAGGAUCCACGACGACGGACCCAACCGCUUCGACUGUCCCUCCUGCUGCAAAAGCUACCGGACCAUGCUGGAGCUGGCCCAGCACCGCUGCAGCGCCGCCGUGUCCAAUCAGAACCGGUUCAACUGCCCGUCCUGCUUUAAGAGCUACCGAACCAUGCUGGACCUGGCCCAGCACCGCUGCAGCGCCGCGGCCAAAAACCAGUCUGGCAGUCGGCGCUCCAACUUCUCCACCACUCCUCGUCGUCAACAACAGCAACAACAACAGCAGCAGCAACAGAACAAUGCUAACCCGAUGAUGCAGCCGCAGCACGGAGGACACGGCCAGCCCGAGCCUCUGCCCGCCCACUGCGUCUCCCCGAUGUCGCAGCAGGGUGUGGGAAGCCAGCAGGUGCCUGACCCCCACCAGGUCCGUCCCAGCUCGGUGUCGUCUCAGAGCAGCCAGCAGAGCAUGAGGAGCUCGUCCUCCAACAAACACGUCUCCUCCUCCAGCGCCGCCCCGUCCUCCUCCUACCCCCUGCUGCAGCCCCUGGUGCCUGAGGUAAAGGAGAUGAGCUCGGGAUACACUAGGCUGAGCGCCAACCCCAUGCAGCCGAAGCACCAGGACACUUUUUCUCUGGCCCCCCAGCGGCCCCUCACCACCAUCAACCCCAUCGGACACUCCCUCCAUCCGAACGGAGCGCCCACGCUGAAGCCUUCCCCCGUGCCGCGUACCAUCCAGCCAAUGCCGUGGGAGCAGCGCUCGCUCUACAAUCAAUGAGACAUCCUGGACCCCGCCCCCCACCUCUGCCCCCCCCCUCCCCUUCACGUCGCGUCCACCCCCACACACCCCGCCUCCCCCCUCCGCUCGUGAAGGAGGGAGGACCGGACGCUCAUCCCCCUCCUCUGGAGCGCUGUGUUUGGGCCGGGGGAGGCCGAACUAGCUGAGAUUGAUUACUGAGUAGUUAGGUUUAAAACUGUGUUGCCUUGACCCUCAUGUAUGAUCUAUGCCAUGUACUGAUCUAAGUUAAACUGUCUGUCCCUCACUAAGAUUUAUCCUCCCUGAUCUAGUUAAGAAAUAUCUAUCCUUCCUCCCCGUUAUGAAUAGUGGCUCCCCGCUCCCUCCCUCCCUUUUCCUCCUUAUUUUAAAUAAAACAAGAACUUAUUUUUAUGAAAGAACCCGGAGAUUCGACGGGUUCAGGGCACCGAAAGUAGAUGUGACAAAUUCCCCUCCAGUCUGAUAUGUUUUUGAACAUAAACCUGUUUCUUUGUGGCUUCUGAAGGAGACGAGGAUCUUCUUCUUCUUCUACUGUUUUGUUUUUUACGUCCCCCUCCUUCCUUCCUUCCUUCACGUGCUCCAGAAUGAAGCUUGUGUAUAUCGUGUGUUCGGAGACACUCUCAGCUCACAACACAAACACCUCUCUGCUCUCGGGGCACGGACAGCACGGACCACGGCGUGACCGAAGCCGCUGCCCGCUGCUCUGCGGAACUCUCUUAGCUUCUGUGUUGUGAAGACUGAAGCUCUGCUGUUUAAAAAAAUUUAAAAAAUAAAGAAAAAGGACCUGGAUGAAAGCUCGGCGCCGUUACCGUCUUUAACACACAACUGAAAGCUCACUUUUCUAAACCUGCAUCUGACUGCUGGUGGCUUGUUGUUAUUGUAGUUUUAAUAACCUGUUGGCUGGGAUUCUAAAAGCUCCACCCCCUUUUUGUUCCACACUUCCUCACUUGAAGCACUUUAAGACGAGUGCUGUUUUAUCCCUGAUUAUCUCGCCCCUGCCUCUCUGGAGCUGAUGUAACAUCGCCUUACAUCGACCUUCAUCCUCCUCAUCAGUGUCGUAGCAGCAGCUCUGGGACACGGCUGCAUCCGGGAGCUUCAGCGGAGCCACAAGCUCCGCCUGCAGCCCCUAAUCUCCCAAAAACGCCCCUCAGUGUUGUAGAAAACAUCACGCCUGCAUCUCACGUGUAACACCGACCUCCAGGGUGUUUCAGCCAAUGAUCACUCAGAAGUGAAUCUAGCAAACGGCCAAUAACAGUCUAAUACAAAUCGGUUUGUAGCUCUGUUACGCUAACACGGUGUUCAUGGAAAUACCCACAAUUCUACUGACAUGUAUUAUCUCUUUUUAAAGUCGUUUCUAUUUUUAUUCAUGACAUGUUUUCAUCGUUGCUUUCUCUCUCCUUGUAAAGUGUCUUUGAGUAUUUAGAAAAGUGCUAUACAAAUAAAAUGUUUUAUUAUUA